AUGCCUGAGCAGGACCUUCCCUCUGAGCCAAAUUUGAGAGUGACGAUCAUUGCCGCUGAUGGCCUAUAUAAAAGAGAUGUCUUUCGUUUCCCAGACCCGUUUGCCGUGGUCACCAUUGGAGGCCUGCAGACACGCACGACGUCCGUGAUCAAGAAGACGCUGAAUCCGUAUUGGAAUGAGGUCUUUGAUAUGAAAGCUGGUGAAGACAGCAUACUUGCAAUCCAGAUCUUUGACCAGAAGAAAUUCAAGAAGAAGGACCAGGGCUUUCUUGGAGUCAUCAACAUCCGCGUUGGCGAUGUGUUGGAUUUUGACGCUGGUGGCGAUGAAAUGCUUACCCGGGACCUGAAAAAGUCUACCGACAACCUCGUUGUACACGGAAAGCUGAUCAUUAACUUAUCGACCAAUCUCUCAACGCCGCCCACGAAUCAGUCGGCACGUCCGCCGGCAUCUCAGGGUGCCAUGAACGGGGGUGCAUUAGCGACUACCUCGAACAACUCCGCGCCUUCGAAUCGCACUAGUCCUGCGCCUUCGCGGACAACGACGUCGACCUCAGGUCCACCCAACGACCGUGGCCCUGCUCCUGCCAUCAAUGCCGCAAGCUCUUCCUCAGCCAACGGCACUGGACGCUCGGGAGGAUUUUCGUCGUUUGAGGAUGCACAGGGUCGUCUGCCAGCGGGCUGGGAGCGACGAGAGGACAACCUGGGUCGCACAUACUACGUUGAUCACAACACACGCUCGACUACAUGGACUCGACCCACGGCAGGCCUGAGUGAGGGCGAGCAGCGAUCGCGCAUAGAAGCCAACAUGCAGCAGGAAAGGCAACGACACCAGAACCGUAUGCUGCCCGAGGAUCGUACUGGAGCCAACUCUCCGAAUCUGCAGGAAGGCCGUGGUAGUUCUCCUUCACAAGCAAAUGCAUUGCAAAUGAUGGCAACUGGUGCCACAACGGCCGGCACAGGAGAGCUUCCAGCUGGCUGGGAGCAACGACAUACACCCGAAGGAAGAGCGUAUUUUGUUGACCACAAUACUCGUACUACCACCUGGGUCGAUCCCCGCCGGCAGCAGUACAUAAGAAUGUAUGGCGGAAGCCAGGCGAACUCGACAACCAUCCAGCAGCAGCCGGUCUCUCAGCUCGGACCUCUGCCCAGCGGAUGGGAAAUGCGCCUCACUAACACUGCAAGAGUGUAUUUCGUCGAUCAUAACACGAAGACCACAACCUGGGAUGACCCUCGUCUGCCUAGCUCGCUGGACCAGGGUGUGCCGCAGUACAAGCGUGACUUCCGCAGGAAGCUGAUCUACUUCCGAUCACAACCAGCACUGCGGAUCUUGUCAGGUCAAUGUCAUGUCAAGGUCCGACGCGGCAAUAUUUUCGAGGACUCGUAUGCAGAGAUCAUGCGCCAGAGCGCUACAGAUCUGAAGAAACGGCUCAUGAUCAAGUUCGACGGUGAGGAUGGUCUGGACUACGGCGGAUUGUCUCGCGAAUUCUUCUUCUUGCUAUCUCACGAGAUGUUCAACCCGUUCUACUGCUUAUUCGAGUACUCCGCCCACGACAACUAUACUCUCCAGAUCAAUCCACAUUCUGGCAUCAACCCCGAGCAUCUGAACUACUUCAAGUUUAUUGGGCGAGUGUCGAUGAUGCUGAGGAAGAAGGUUGCGAUCAAUGACAUGGAGGGUGUGGAUGAAGAGUACCACAAGAACUUGACAUGGACACUCGAAAACGACAUCACUGAUAUUCUGGAUCAAACCUUCUCGGUGGAAGAUGAGCAAUUCGGCGAAACAAAGACAAUAGACCUCAAACCUGGCGGACGUGACAUCCCUGUCACGAAUGAGAACAAGCGGGAAUACGUCGAACUAGUUACGCAAUGGAAAAUCCAAACCCGAGUCGAGGAGCAAUUCAACGCGUUCAUCACCGGCUUCAAUGAGCUCAUCCCUGCCGACCUGGUCAAUGUCUUCGACGAGCGUGAGCUCGAGCUCCUGAUCGGUGGCAUCGCUGACAUCGACGUCGAUGACUGGAAGAAGCACACCGAUUAUCGCGGCUACCAGGAGGGCGAUGAGGUCAUCCAGAACUUCUGGAAGAUCAUCCGCACCUGGGAUGCGGAGCAGAAGUCGAGAUUGUUGCAGUUUGCGACGGGAACGAGCAGGAUUCCCGUCAACGGUUUCAAGGAUUUGCAGGGAAGUGACGGGCCCAGGCGCUUCACGAUUGAGAAGGCUGGCGAAAUCAAUGCGCUGCCGAAGAGUCACACUUGUUUCAAUCGUCUGGAUCUCCCGCCAUACAAGAGCCAUGAUGUGCUGCAGAGCAAGCUAAGUACAGCCGUGGAGGAGACAUUGGGCUUUGGACAGGAGUAG